CGCGGCUCUUCCUCGAUUUAGGGAACCGUGUGUUUGCGGGCGCAGAUGAGUUCUCCCUAGUCUCGGGAGCGUUAGGCUUGCUGACUCCUCAAGCUUUGUGGGCCUUGCUAAUCUGAAAUAUUCUUAUGACAUGGUAGAAUGUAUAUUGCUUGUCUCUCCAUAGAAUAAUUUGAAAAUGACCACACCGAACAAGACACCUCCUGGUGCUGAUCCUAAGCAGUUGGAGAGGACAGCAACAGUCAGGGAAAUUGGGUCUCAGGCCGUUUGGUCACUCUCUUCUUGCAAACCAGGGUUUGGAGUGGAUCAGUUACGAGAUGACAAUCUAGAAACUUACUGGCAAUCUGAUGGCUCCCAGCCUCAUUUAGUGAACAUCCAAUUCAGAAGGAAAACAACAGUGAAGACAUUGUGUAUUUAUGCAGACUACAAAUCUGAUGAAAGCUACACUCCAAGCAAAAUCUCAGUCAGAGUAGGAAAUAAUUUUCAUAACCUUCAAGAAAUCCGGCAACUUGAAUUGGUGGAACCAAGUGGCUGGAUUCACGUUCCUUUGACUGACAAUCAUAAGAAGCCAACUCGCACAUUCAUGAUACAGAUUGCUGUCCUAGCCAAUCACCAGAAUGGAAGAGAUACCCACAUGAGACAAAUUAAAAUAUAUACACCAGUAGAAGAGAGCUCCAUUGGGAAAUUCCCUAGAUGCACAACCAUCGAUUUCAUGAUGUAUCGUUCAAUACGGUGACUUUAAAAUGGACAGAAGUGAACAGACAUUUGUUUUAUCCUAAUAUGGUGACUUUAAAAUGGACGGAAGUGAACAGACAUUUGUUUUAUCCUGUCAUUGCAUAGUAUAUCAAGUAUCUUUGGUGAAAAAGCAUGUUACUUUGCAAUUUUACAUACAUUUAAAAAUAAUUUAGAUAAAUAACUUUUAGGUCAUGUUUGUUUUUUAUGUAAUAAAGCUCAUAUAUUUUAUGUUGCUAAAAAUGAA